AUACACGAACUUAACGCACCAACAAACACACAACAAAUCAUAUUAUUUGGUUAACGUUCUAAUUUGAAAACAAAAAAAAAAUUUCAAAACAAUUUUUGUUUUUGCAAAAAAUAUAAAGAUUUUUAGGAAUAAAAAGUCGAUCAGCAGCCAUGGGAAAAAAGAAUAAGUACAAGCCAGAAGGAAAAAAGCCGGAACAAAAUCAACCUACACCAGCUACAGUCUGCGAGGAUUCCAAAACAGGUCGAGAUGGUCAACGGGAAAGUGGAUCGGAUCUAUGUCAACGUGCACCUUUCCAAGAACAAAGUAGAAAAGACAACCAGAAGAGUACAGAAAAUAAACAACAAGGAGGGCAGCUAAUGCAACAACGAAAUUCAGCACAACUACAAAGGGGACAGGCACAACAACAACGAGAAAAAGCAGAUCAAAAUGUCCAAAAUAUCAGUGUGCAGCGCUCACAGCAAGGAAGGCAGAUGAAGCAGCAAAAAAGACAAGUGGGGGUUUCAGCAGUCAUGGGAAAAAAGAACAGUGGACAGACAUCCUGUACUGGCAUUGUUCGUGGCACACGUGGUACACCAGGUACUGUAGAAGUUAACUAUUUGAAAUUGUUACUUGAUAGUAUGCCCAACAAGGUCUAUCACUACGACAUUACAAUAACGCCUGUUCGUUCAAAACAAUUUGUAAGACUUGCUUUUCAAGAGUGUAAACAAAAAUAUUUCCAUGGUAUUGAGGCUGCUUUUGACGGAAAAAAGAGUUGCUAUACACCAAAACGACUUUCUAGUCCAAUCAACUGCACAGUUAAGGUUUCAGACUCAAACAGCCGCACCAUAGAAUUCCAAGUGGAGAUAAAGGAAACCCUGGAUUGCGAGGUGGAUCUAAAUUCACUUCGGACAUACCACAAUGAUUCAGUGUCCGACAAACCAAUGAGGGCCUUGCAGGCAUUGUAUGUUAUUUUGUCUGAAAGUAAUCACGAAAAGGGCCUACGCGUCGGUCGAGCAUUUUUUUGCAGACCCAUAAAACCACACGAUUUGGGGGAUGGUUACGAAGCUUGGACUGGUUUGUUUGAGGCUGUAAUUUUAGGCGAUCAGCCCUUUCUUAAUGUCGACAUCACCCACAAAUCAUUUCCUUGUGAGUCUAGCCUGAUCGAUUACUUGAAAAAUCAGAAAAUCGGAUUAGGCCAAGAUUUAAGGAAGAACAAACAAGUACAGAGUUAUCUUAGAGGCAUUAAUAUUGUGUAUCAACCACCAGAAUCAUUUAAAAUUUUUGCCAGGAAAUACAAAGUAUUGAACAUAGGGAAUUCUGCUUCCCAGCUACAUUUCAUAAAUGGUGAUGGUCUACAAAUGACUGUUGCUGAAUACUUUAAAUCUCGGGGAUACUCACUUAAGUAUCCGAAUUUAAGUUGUGUUGAAGUCGGUUCGACGGCUCAUUCGAUAUAUUUGCCAAUGGAACUAUGUAAGAUUGCAGGGGGCCAGGUCUUGAACCGUAAAGACGAAUCAACACAAGUACGGAACAUGAUACGUUCUGCUGCAACUUCUACUAAUGUUCGCAAGAGAAAAAUCAUGGAUAUGCUGCAGUGUUUCAAUCUUAAUGCCAGCAAAAUAGUCCAAUCAUUUGGUAUUAAAAUUGAUUUGAAUUUUAUUAAAGUGCCAAUUCGAGUUUUACCAAGCCCGAUUAUCGAAUAUUUGAACGGUCAAACUGUUAAUGUAAAUCGCGGUGCUUGGAUGAUGGACAAGCAACAAUUCUUGAUUUGUACUAAACCGCAAGCAGGCAAGCAGGUUGGCCACAAAUGGGCAAUAAUAUAUCAAUCAGGAAUUGAAUACAUACAUCUGGAUAAUUUCAAGAAAUCUGUUCUAAAAAAGGCAAAGGAUUUAAACAUGCAUCUUGAAAAUACAGCUGAAAUUAUGGAAUAUACGGAUAUUUAUAACACUCUUCUGAAUCUGGCUAAGAGUGACUAUGCUUUAGUCUUUGUUGUCUUAGGCAGAACCGCUUAUUACCAUAUUAAGCAGGUUGCUGAUUUAAAAGUAGGAGUUUUAACGCAGUGCAUACAAGACAAAACUGUUAAAAAAAUUCCGCAAUCUCCACCAAUUAUCUCAAACCUUCUUUUGGGGGUAAACGGAAAGCUUAACGGAACCAACCACAAGAUAUUACUGGACAAUGAUGAUGACAUGAAAGAUUUAAUGGCUCCCAUUAAAAAUGUGAUGUUCAUGGGUGCUGAUGUGACGCAUCCCUCUCCCGAUCAGCCCCACAUUCCUAGCGUGGUGGGAGUUACGGCUUCACACGAUCCAAUUGGAGCAUGCUAUAACAUGCAAUACAGAUUGCAACAGUCUACUAAGGAAGACAUUGAAGACAUGGAGUCGAUCACGAAUCGGCAUUUGGAGUUCUAUUUCCAGUUUAUGAAAACGUAUCCUACUCAUAUUAUCUACUAUAGAGAUGGCGUCUCGGAUGGUCAAUUUCCCAUUAUACAGAGGGUUGAAUUGAGUGCAAUACAGAGGGCUUGUCGAAAAAUGGGAUGUGAUGCAAAAUUGACCUGCAUCAUCGCAGUUAAGCGGCAUCACACUCGAUUCUUCCCAAUGAAGCAACAGCGCGGUGAACGCGACUUAAAUAAUGUUGAACCUGGUACUGUUGUCGACCAGAUGAUAACACACCCUAGAGAAGUUCAAUUUUUUAUGGUUAGUCACCAAUCGAUUCAAAGCACCGCCAAACCAACUCGCUAUAAUGUUAUUUUAAAUGAAUCGAACUUCGAUAUUGAUCUCUUGCAACAAUUAACCUAUAAUUUGUGUCAUUUAUUCCCACGUUGCAACCGAUCUGUUUCCUAUCCGGCUCCAGUUUAUCUGGCGCAUGUGGCCGCAUUUCGUGCUCGGGUUUAUUUAGAAGGCACUAAAACCUUUUCCGAAGUCUUGGGUGAAGAAUAUGAAAAGCGCCUAAUUCAGCCACGAUUAAUGGAGAGAAAUCCAAUGUUUUUCAUAUAACAUAUUUUAAAAUGGCCAUAACUCCUUAAAUAUUGAACUCUAAAACUCCACCCAUUUUGGAUUGGUGCACAAAUCGGAUAAAUAUGUAUAUGAAAUCUAAACCGAUCUCGAUGAAAUUAGGCAGAAUUAUUCUGGAGUAUUAAUAUGGUAUCUGGUUGGAGGACUUUAACACCGAAUCGGAUGAAACAUAUAUAUGGAAGCUAUAGCCAUAUCUGAACCGAAUUUAACCAAAUUUGAAGUACUACCUUUUUUGCUGAACUUGCUCGGACGUGCCCAAAUUCAUUCAUGUUCAUUUGGACGCCUAUUAAACGUGUGGUGCACAAAAAAAUUGAAAUCAGAAGAAAAUACAUAUGGGAGCUAUAUCUAAAUCUGAACCGAUAUUCACCAAUAUUGCCAGGCAUGCUUUUGGACUGAACCUGGCUGUGUGUGCUAAAAUGGAUUUGCUUCGAACUAAUAUUAUGCAUUUGGUGGACAAUAUUUAGAAAUUCGGGCAACGCUAUAUCCAAAACUGAUCCGAUUGUCGCCAAUUUCAAUAAAGUUCAUCCUUGGGCCAAACAAAUGAUUUGUGGAAAAUUUCAGCUCAAUCAGACAAUGAAUGCGACCCGUACUUUGUUUACAAAAAUACCUGGACAGGCGGACGGACAUGCUUUAACCGACUCAGAAUGUGAUACUAUGACGAUCGUCAAAAGGAAUUAUGGGUCUAUUUCGUCUCCCUCUGCACGUUAGAAACGAAUAUAAAAAAGAUACAAUACCCUGCCCUGCCCCACUGUGUGGCGUAGGGUAUAAAAAGUGUAGAGGACACAAGGAAAAAACUUAGAAAUGCGGUUAAAAAAAAUAAACUUCUGAAGAUUUUAA